CCCCGCCAUUUCCUACCUCCUCUCUCUCUCUGUGCAGCCAUGGAAACGAACCCCUACAAGCGGAAGCAGCCCUCCGCCCCCUCCUCCAAACUGUUCUUCAGCGGCAACAACUCUAAUUGCUUCCACGCUGAUGAAGAAAGAGGCGACCACCCGUCUGGCUUUCGCGUCCUCAUUAAAGUUCUUCCAACUCGCCGAGUCUUCUCUCCCACCCCAAAUAAGAUCCAGAACCCGGGACAUGGAGGAGGACUGCCGGCGGAGACCAGAAAGAUCAGAAGAAAUCCCUGUUCCUCUGAUGUUGGUAGCAGUAAGGGGAGUGAACGGGUGGCUGAACCGGAUCCGGUCGAAGAUUUUGGCCAGACAACUCCUCCUGAAGCUGUUGAAAUGUUUCAUCGUUCGGGGCAUGAUCCGCCGCGUAAUGCAGAUCGGGUUUCACCCAAGCAGUCGAACAUGAGCAGCAUAACAAGUCACCCGGAGAACCGAUCUGGUCGGCCUUUGUGGGUUCGUGGGAGGCUGUUCAAACCCCCCAGCUCAUUGAGCUACCGGAGAUUGCUUCCAUAUUUGAUGGACAUAGCUAAGGAGGAUGAAUCUGGCAUUAUUCGGACAUGCCAGAGGCAGAAACCCGAAAAGAGCAAUGAAGGAAAGCUGCUCCAACAGGUUUCUGACUCUAACUGUAGAGAUAUUCCAACGGAUGAAUCUAGCCAAGACCAUUCCCAAACAUUGGCUCCGUCUUCAGCCAUGGAACCACCAAUAGCUUCGGGUCUAAUGAAGGAUCUUUCUCUGGACGGUGUUACUUCUGCUCCGGCAAAUGAGGUCUUGGGUGAUACCGGAACUUCAUGUGAAGAUGGUAAUAUAAUUGGUAAUACCUCAAUUCAUGAUCAAUCCCCAGUGAAACCAGAUACGAGGAAAUGCAUUCAUAGCGGUAUUGAAGAUUGUUCUGAUGAGGGUAAAGUGUCGGAGAAAGCUGAGAAGGUUAUUCCAGUGGAUUUCGACCAGGAAGUAGAUGACAAAGCAUCUCUUAGGAAACAGGCAUGUUCCAUGAGCUGUGAUUAUGGAAUUGAUAGUCAAGAUAGUUCAAAGUAUACGACGAGUACGGCUGAGCAGAAUGCUAUACGUCCUGUUUCCGAGAAAGCACGUGGUCUGAUGAAUAAUUCACCAAAUGGCUCCAUCAGUAAAAUUAAGACCAGCAGUCCGGAGGAUGGUAUAAGAUCUCCUACCAAGAGCAAAACAGUAUUAAAUCCACAGUCACGCUCGAAGCUCUUAAAGAGCCCUAAUACAUUCAGCUACAGGAGAUUGCUUCCAUAUCUGAUGGAAAUCGAAAAAGAUGAUCAGUGCACUACGAGAAACACGUGCCCUCUGAAAGCUGUUGAUUCUAGCCAAAAGCACAUACAAUCAGCAACAGAAUCGUCAUACGGUCUCAAACCACCAGCUGAUGUUCUGAAUGAGCAUUCUCCGAUUGCUCUAGUCUCUACACUUCCCUGUGCUUCUUCGCAAAUUGAUGGAGAUGGGAAUGAUGAAUUUAUUACUAAAGGUUCAGAAGGCGUGUCAGUAGCUUCUCCUGAAAACAAGAAGGUGAUCAAUGAACUUCAUACAGAGAUGAACAAAGGAGGUAGGUUACUUCUUGAAGACACAUACCAGAAUGGAGCUUCUGCUCAUAUUGGGAUCCCUUGUACGAAUUCACAGAGAGGGAUUCUCAAGAGGAAUCCCCGAGGUUGCAGAGGGCUCUGUCCUUGCUUGAACUGCACUUCUUUCCGUCUAAAUGCCGAACGGGCAUUUGAGUUUUCGAGGAACCAGGUGAAAGAUGCUGAAGAAUUAGCUCUUGAUUUGAUGAAGGAGUUGUCUCACCUACGAGAUAUGUUGGAGAGAAUAAAUGGUUCUGCUACUACACCGGAUAAUUUGGUGCUAGAAGCAUGCAGGAAAGCAUCUGAGGCAGAAGGUAUAGCAAAAGACCGACUUAGGGAAAUGAAUGAGGACCUCAACAUGCACUGCAGAGUCAAAUGCUUGCACCGACCGAGGGUUAUGUUUGGCAAACUUACUGCUGAAGAUUUAUUCCAAUGAGACUUUUCAACGACAGUGCUGCUAAUACUUUUUGGGACAACCUUGGAAUGUAAAACAACGAUUAAUGGCAGAGAUUAUGAUGCUCUUUGCUUGGGGUUGCACUGAAACACGAAGGGUAGGAAGAUAUGUAUGGAAAGAGCAUUUCGCUUCUGAGAGAUGAUUGAAGAAGCCAAUCAGAACAUAUAUAGUAUUCGAGAACCUUAACUUGGUGUGCCCCUUCUUUUGCUUAGAGAACUUUGUGUCUCUUACAUGGUUAGAGUGGUUUGCAGCUGAGUAUAGCAUGUAUCCCUUUGUGCCUACCUAUGAAUUGUUCCCUGUUUCAUUGGUUCAGAUAGAAGUGAUCUUCUCCCCAA